UAGUACAACAGGAGUGCGGCCGACGGUGGCGCCGAAUUUAUUUGAAUUGGCCCGCCUGGUGAUGCUGAACGAGGAAAACCUUGCAAAAUUGUGAUAUUUUCCUGAUUGUAAGUAUGGAUUUUUCCGACGGGAUCGAUGAAGAGACUCAACUACAAGACUUGCCAAGCACCGUGACUGACAAUUUGAUCACUGAGCUCAACAAGGAGAAACACUGGAUUAAAGUAAUAGAAAAGAUUAACCCAUUUUUCGAAAGGCCUCUGUCAAUCAAUAAAUUUAAGGAAUACGCCAAUCCAUCAGAAAAAUUAAUCGCAGAGCUCAACGAUAGACUUUUUCCUGUGAACGUCCUAGCAGUUGUUUUGGAAAAUUUGCAGCUUUAUGAUCCUCUUUCAACACUUUUAAAGCCUGUGGCUGCCUCAAUCAUUAGUCAGCCAGGAAACGAAAAAGGGAGACUGGAAGUUGAUUUGGAUGGGACGAUGCAGCUGACUUGUCUCGUACAGGGCGUACCUCGACCAGAAAUUAAGUGGCAGGUGGACAACACUGAAAUCCAAGAGGAAGACCAGAAAUUUGAGCUGAAAGAAAGUUACACAGAAAAUGUUUUAAGCUCCACUUUGAUCCUGAAAAAAUUUGGGCCAGAGUCUCAAGGAAGAUACUUCUGCACCGUCAAGCCUCAUUUGCCAAGUAACCCAGAAUUCAGGUCAAAGGGUGUUGACCUUACUGUCAAGUACAGUAAGCCGGUCGUAAUUACGCAGCCCCAGAACCUAUGCCGAGCUGAGCCUGAACCUAUCAUUUUGACGUGUGGAGCUACUGGUUACCCCUCACCAAAUUAUCAGUGGUACUUCAAUAGUAUCAAGUUGCUUGACCAAACAGAGAGUACCCUAAUGAUUGAAACUAGUAUUUCGGAAAAACACACAGGAAAAUACAAAUGUCAAGUUUAUAAUGAUGCUGGCAGUGUUGAUACAAAGGAAGUCAUUGUCAACAUCCCAGAGCAAUUUUUAGCUCCGGUCCAAAGAAGCAGAAAACUUCAAGCUGUGGAAAAAAUUGCUUUGUUAAUCGGAAAUGAGGAUGGAAACUUGCUGAAGCCAGUAAACGAUAUUGUUUUGCUUGCUGAAAAAUUGAAAAGUGUUGGAUUCAAAGUUCUUCCACUAAUUAACCUGGAUUUUGAUGACAUGGUUCAAUUCAUAGAUACGUUCUCUAAUCUUCUUAAAGAAGGAGUUUACGGUUUAUUGUACUACGCUGGACACGGCUGCCAAAGAGAAGCAGAGAUUUUGAUUCCGCCCUACAAGACAUCAGAGUUGUGCACAGAUGAAAAUGGAAUGUGCUCUAAGAUCUCCGAGUCACCGGAAAAGAACAAGACUAAAUCAAAAUGGAUUACGGAGACAUAUAUCCGAGACAAACUGCUAAAGAACAAUCCAAAAAUCAGGAUUAUCAUUCUAGACAUGUGCCUGAAAUAUUAUGACUGCCCUAACUGCCAGAUUCAGGUUUUGACCUCGAAACCAAGUGAUACUCCAGACCUCAAUUAUUUGAAAGCUUGUGCCACAUCUAGAAACAUGUCAUCAUUUGAAACAAAAAAGAAACCUUACAGCAUCUACAUGUCCGAAUUAUCAAAAUAUAUAGGCCCCGAUAUGCCAUUUAAGAUGGCUAGCAUUUUCAACAUAGUCAAUGAAGCUAUAAGUAAGACCGAAGUUCAAAACAUGCCAGAUGAGAAGCAGAGGCAAAUUCCAAGCAUUUCUACAAACAUCUACGAACAUUUCACUUUUGUGGAUGAUGUCACAGGUGACUCAAAAAUCUCCAACUUCUUCAAUUAUGUUUCACCUCCUCCCCAAGAAAUUGAAGUUAAAUUUGAGAACAAGGAAAUUGGUUUAUUUCUGAAUGCGAGAGCAAGUUUUCAGCCAUAUAAGCAGUACAUCAUGAAUACGCUCAUAAUGGUCAUUGACGAUGUAGACUGUGACCUCUGGAACCUAAAGUUAUCCAGUGAUAGAGAUAUUUUGGACAUGGAGGAUUCCUACACUAUUGUCAAAACGGACGCUCCUAAUGAAUUCUUGAUUCACCAUCUACAAAAGUGCAGGACUGGAAUCAACCUCUCUAUAAAUUUAUUGGACAAGAGUGAUAAAAUUGUUGCUUCAACUGCUAUCUUCAUUGCCCAGCCACUGAUAGCAAAAGUAUGUUGACUGUUAAAAUUAUUUUUCUAAUACAAAUUUGGAGCCGCUUGGAAAAUAAAUAAUAUAUUUAGCACCAUA